UGCCGGAGUUUCAAAUUUGCAGCACUUUUAGUGUCGACGAUCAUGUCGACCAGAACUCUAACCCUUGGCACGAGAAGCACUCUCCGUCUGCGAUUCUGCAAAUUAUUCUCCAAUUGUUUUCAUUUUCAGCACAAUUAUCCCAGAAAUCCUCAAAGCUUACUCUCAUCUCCACCACCCACCACCGCGCCCCGCCGCGGCAACCACCGUUGUCGAUCUUUUACAUCUACCUCUCAUUUGUUUCAACUCCAAAUCCAAUCGCAGCUUCAAAGCUCGGAUCCAUCUUCUCCUCACCUCGUGAACGAGCUCUCCCGGGUACUCAGCGACUUCAGAAGUCCGCACCAUGAUAUCGAGGCGGCCCUCAGUCCAUUCCACUCCCAAAUAUCCGUCAAUGUGGUUGAACAAGUGCUCAAGCGGUGCAGGAAUCUGGGGUUUUCCGCUCACAGAUUCUUCCUCUGGGCUCAAAGGCUACCGGGCUUUCGACAUAGUGAAGAGAGCUAUCGCAUUCUUGUUGACAUCUUAGGAAGUAGCAAGCAGUUCCCACUGUUGUGGGAUUUUCUCUUGGAAAUGAGAGACGCUAAAUCUUGUGAAAUCACUCCGCAUAUGUUCUCGAUUGUGUUCAGGGCUUAUUGCAGGGCUAAUCUUCCUGACGAUGCCAUACGGGCUUUUAGCAAGAUGGGCGAUUUUGGGAUUGAACCGAAUGUAGAUGAUCUUGGUCACCUUCUGUAUGCGUUGUGCAAAAGAAAGCAUACUUCGCAUGCUCAAAAAUUCUUUGACAGAGUUAAGGAAAGUUACCCACCUUGCACAAAAUGUUAUAGCAUUUUGAUUAGAGGUUGGGGAGAAAUGGGAGAAUUUUCACAGGCACAGAAGCUGUUUGAUGAAAUGCUUCAGAGGGGAUGUUCAGUUCAUUUGCCUGCAUAUAAUUGUCUCUUGGAGUCUUUAUGCAAGGGAGGGAAGAUGGAUGAAGCUUAUAAAAUGUUCAGAAAGAUGUGGUCUAUGGAGCUUAAACCAGAUGCUUUUACGUACUCUAUAUUCAUUCAUUCUUAUUGCCAGGCAAAUGAUAUUCAUUCAGCUUUCAAGGUUCUUGAUAGGAUGAAAAGGCAUGAUCUUGUCCCUAAUGUGUUUACUUACAAUUGCAUGAUCAAGAAACUUUGUAAGAUUAGUAAGGUGGAAGAUGCCUACCAACUGUUGGCUGAAAUGGUUGAUAGAGGAGCAGUUCCAGACUCUUGGAGUUAUAAUACGAUUUUAGCUUUCCAUUGUGAUCACAAUGAAGUUAACCAAGCAUUUAGGCUGAUUUCAAGAAUGGAUCAGUCCGGUUGCCAACCAGACCGGCAUACAUAUAACAUGGUGCUUAAAAUGCUUAUUCGGGUGGGAAGAUUUGAUAGAGUCGAGGAAGUUUGGGAUGGCAUGGAAGAACGGGGAUACUAUCCUUCUGUCUCGACGUAUGCUGUGAUGGUGCAUGGUCUCUGUCAGAAGAGAGGCAAACUUGAGGAAGCAUGUAAAUAUUUCGAAACGAUGAUUGAUGAAGGAAUACCGCCUUAUACCUCGACGUGUGAACUAUUGAGGAAUAAACUUAUUGGUUUAGGAUUUGCAGACCAGACCGAUAUACUUGCAGAGAAGAUGGAGAGAAGCACUUCUUGUUCAAUUCAGGAGCUAGCGGGUUUGAUGAGAGGUAAUAGGCGUUGUGUCAAACGCGGAGAUGAAGGCGAAUACUCAGAUGAUAGCGAUUCACAAUAGCCUUCAUGGAUGAACGAUUAAAGCUUCGUUUCAAGCUGAUCGAUCUCUUGUUCUUCAUUCAUGUGCUCGAAUUUUUCAUUUACUAUUAUUGCCAAUAAAAGUGACAACUUGAGCAUCUCCAAAACAGAAGCUAUCUAGACUAAUUGUCAAACAAUUGUUCA